ACUCGCUUGCACCAUGGGCCAACUGGGGGCCGGGCAGCUGCUGGCGCGGGCGUGUCGCCUCAUGGGGCCGGCCCUGCCGUGGGGAGAGAAGGUGGCAGGCGGCGCCACCAGGGCCUGCAGCUCCACGCCCGCCGGGGAUGGCCCCGAGGGACCGGCGCGCCCCCGCUCCUACUGGCGCUACCUGAGGCGUCUCGUGCGGGGAGCACCCAAGCCGCCGUACACACGCGUAUGCCAGGUCGGGGACCCAAUCCUGCGGGCCGUUGCGGCCCCAGUGGAGCCGGCGCAGCUGAUGGGGCCCGAGCUUCAGCGGCUGGUGCAGCGGCUAGUGCAGGUGAUGCGACGCCGGCGCUGUGUGGGCCUCAGCGCGCCGCAGCUGGGAGUGCCGCUGCAGGUGCUGGCCCUCGAGUUCCCUGAAGCUCUGUUCCGCGCCUGCGCGCCGCGCCUGCGCGAGGCCCGCCAAAUGGAGCCCUUCCCCCUGCGUGUGUUCGUGAACCCGAGCCUUCGGGUGCUGGACAGCCGCCUGGUCAGUUUCCCGGAAGGCUGCGAGAGUGUCGCCGGUUUCCUGGCCUGCGUGCCCCGCUUCCAGGCCGUGCAGAUCUCAGGUGCGGUAUGGCAGGGUCCCUGAAGCGGCUUG